AUGGACGACAGGACGAUAGAUUUGAUAUUUGCUGGGAGUUUAGAAAGCCUGCCUCCAGUCAGUUCCAAAAUAGUAAGGAUAUUUACCAGUUCAACAUUUACAGACACUACUAUGGAAAGAAAUACUUUAAUGGCCAAAUGUUAUCCAAAAAUCAAGGAUUAUUGUCGGGAAAAACAUGGACUAGAGUUUCAGGUAGUAGACAUGAGAUGGGGUGUGAGGGACGAAGCAACUGAUGAUCACAUGACCACUGAAUUGUGUAUGAAAGAAAUACAGAAUUGUCAACGUUUAUCAAUGGGACCUAAUUUUGUGGUCUUUUUGGGUCAAAAAUACGGAUACAGACCGAUACCAACUUACAUAUUAACAUCAGAAUUACAAAUGAUACGAGACGAACUCGCCGCAACUGGUCAUGAUCCCACUCCAAUUGAUAUUUGGUAUAAAAAAGACGCUAAUGCUGUUCCUCCAAUUUCAGUACUACAACCGAUCUCAUCAAUAUUGGUUAACUUCAACAAUAAGAGGAUACCGAAGUUGCAAGCCGAAGAUCAAGCGAAAUGGUGGGAUACUUUAGGAAAGUUUCAAAAGUUAUUUAGAAAAGCAUCCUCGUCCUUAAAUCAGCAAGGAAAAAUGGACGAUGACGCUAUGCACAAUUAUUUCAUGUCCGUAACCGAAAGAGAAGUUAUAAAUGGUAUCCUUAAUGUGAAAAAUACAAAAAAUCAUUGCUUAGCGUACAUAAGAUACAUAAACAACAUAAAUUUGCAAAAUUUAAAGAAAGCUUCUUUAUUCGUCGACAUCAUCAACAGAAGUUUGGAUACAGAAUCUGCCAAAUUAUUGGGCAACCUUAGAGAUGAAAGACUACCAAACAAAAUAGAGACCAGCAAUAUACAAAAGUACAACGUGGAGUGGAUCGGUAGAGAAGGUUUAGAUCCCGAGACCCACGAGGAAUAUCUGAAACAUUUCAUAACCCACUUUUAUAAAAAUAUAGUGAAACUAGUGGAUAGGGCGAUGCGUAAAGAAGAUUCUAGUGCUCAAGGACAAAUAGUUACCGAGAUAUUGCAACAUUUACAUGCAUGUAACAAUUCCGUUCAGGUUUUUUACGGCCGUGAAGAUAGCCUCGAACAUAUACGUAAUUAUAUGUUAGACGAUAGUGAUAAAUGUCUUAUUUUAUAUGGAGAAGGAGGUUGCGGAAAAACGUCUUUGCUUGCUAAAUCUGCUAGUUUAUCGACGAGCAAAGAUUGGUUUCAAGGAGCAAGACCAAUUAGUAUUGUUAGAUUUCUAGGCACCACGCCAGAUUCUUCUGCGUUGACGCCGACACUCAUAUCUAUAUGUCAACAGAUUUCUUAUAACUUCAUACUGCCUUUUGACGGAAUACCUGACGAUUUGGUCCCUUUAACAGCCCAUUUUAAACAGCUUCUAACAAUGGCGACUAAAGCACAACCUCUAGUACUAUUUUUGGAUUCCGUUGAUCAACUGACUGGCACUCAGGAUGCUAAUAAGGUGUCAUGGUUGCCAACAAGGUUACCACCACACUGUAAGAUCAUAGUUUCUUGUGCUUGCGAAGAGAGCAAUGCCGAGGUUUCUAAGGAAUAUCAUAUAUUGAGAAGAAUGAUCGACGUGGACGAACAUUUCAUAGAAGUUGAAGCAUUAGGAGAAGAAUUAGCGAUGAAAGUUAUAAAAAUGUGGAUGCAAUCGGCUCACCGAGAUUUAACUAAUUAUCAAUGGCGUUUGGUAUCUAACGCUAUAGAAAAAUGUAGUCUACCGAUAUUUGUAAAACUAGUUUUCGCUGAAAUAUGUAGAUGGAGGAGCUACACCAAAUCCCAAGAUACGCACUUAGCUUCUACUGUCAUGGAUUCUAUAAUGAUGCUAUUCGAAAGAAUAGAGAAGCAGCAUGGUAGAAUUUUGGUAUUUCACGCCUUGGCUUAUAUAACAGCCGCCAAAAGUGGUCUAUCGGAAUCUGAAUUAGAAGAUCUGAUAUCGCUAGACGACAAAGUAUUAGAUGACGUUUAUCAGUAUCAUUUACCGCCUGUAAGGCGUAUACCUCCUUUAUUAUGGACCAGAAUAAGAAAUGAUCUACCGAAUUAUUUAUCGGAAAGAGAAGCUGAUGGAGUGAAUGUUAUGAAUUGGUAUCACAGACAAUUUCGUGAUACUGCCAAAGAGAGAUAUUUCAAAAACAUGAACAUGGCAUUUUAUUUCCACUCUAUGAUAGCAGAUUAUUUUUUGGGAAUAUGGGGCGGAGGUAAACCGAAACCGUUUAAAUAUACCGAAAUUCAACGACACAGAUUCAAUUUAACAGAUAAAGAAGGCGUAGCUGACAGGAAAGUACCAGUUCAGCCGUUAGUAUUUUAUUCGAAAGACGGUAAAGUAUCACGAUAUAAUCUACGAAAAUUUGGAGAACUACCAUUUCAUCUCGUUAGAUCGAGACGUUUCAAAGAUUUGUACGAUAAUGUAUUAUUCAAUUACGAAUGGUUACAUGCCAAACUUUCGAGUUGUCCACUACAAUCUGUACUUGUCGAUUACGAGGACGCUUGCGUGUUUAUAGAAGAUAAAGAAUCGAAAAGAGAGCUAAUGCUGGUGGCGGACGCGUUGAGAUUAGGAGGUGCUGUACUAGGACAAUAUCCGAAUAUGUUAGCGCCACAAUUAAUUGGAAGGCUUCUACCAGAAGUGAGCAACAAUCCUAACAUAAAAAUGCUCCUAAAUUAUUGCGAUCUUAAGGGCCCCAUGCACUGCGCUUUAUUACCACUAUAUCAUUGUUUACAUACACCUGGAGGACCUUUGAAAUAUUCUUUAGAAGGCCAUCAGUUUGCGGUAUUUUCUAUAUGUUUAACGUCCGAUUAUAGAUACGUAGUAUCUGUAUCAAACAGGUUCAUAACAUGGGAUUUAUCUACGAGUGAUCUAACAAGAGACGUUAAUCCUAAUAUCGAAGGGAUUAUGCAACAUUUGGUACUUAGUCCUGACAACAAAUGGGCCGCCGCCUAUACCAAUAACAAUCAGACAGUAUUGCUGAAUAUGCUUUCAAGCGAAUUCGUCGUCAUAGACAAUCCUUUACCAGAUCAAACGGCAGUCACGGGAAUUUUUUUAUUAAAUCACAAUUUAUACAUUUAUGGAAAAGAUACUUGGAUUAAAUACGACAUGAGAGGAACCCGCCAAGAAGAAUACAGUUCGCCGUUAGAUAUGUCCGAUUGGGAUAUAUUACACAUGGAAUUUGAUAAUAAAGAAGAAUAUCGUAUAUUGUUCUGGAAAGGAGAUUUGGAGGAUGAAAGAAUGUCUUUACUUUUGCAUUCGAAAGAAUACUAUGAAUGCUUGGAAUUUCAUAGUGCCAUUGUUUUCAAAAAGGAAAAAACUAGUUUGUUCACUUGUACCACUCCAGGUUGUUAUGUAAUUUCGAAAUAUGUGCAAAACGAUGAAUUAAAAACGUGGGAUAAAGUAUGUGAUUUACCAAGGGCAGAAAAUGAUAAAACUGAGGCAAUACUUCAAUUAAAAUUAGACAAACAUGACAAAAUUCUUUUUGGUACUACUAACAAUGGAUUUAUAAUAUGGGAUUUCAAUGAAGAAAGAAAUUAUGAGGAUGUGGUUAGUUUAAGUUUACCCUACGGUACCAGAAAUAUAACUACAAAGAUAUCGCAAUCUAAUUCAAUUACAUUAAGCGCACAUAAGAAUUACGCCAUUGCAGGUGUCAGAAAAAAUUUAUAUGUGUGGAAAAUGGAAACAAAGAAAUUGGUCAAAGUUCUCGAUGCUCAUUUCGGACGAAUUAUUCAAUUAGAACCUUUAAUGGUGGGUAAUUGGAAUAGUAUUGUAACUUCCUCCAUAGAUCGAACGGCUAAAGUGUGGAAUAUAAACAAUAUUUUCGAAACGGUGCAUGUUAUAGACAGACACGAACUUCAAGUAGAUUCAAUAAGUUUAUCGGAUAACUUGAGUUUAGCAGUUACAGCAACUAGAAAUUGCGUUGGAGUAUGGGACCUUAGAAUUGGAAAAUUGACAGCUAAACUAGCAGACAGUCCUCUAGGAGCUAUAGUUACCCAUGCUAUUAUUACCCCAGAUGGAAAAUAUAUAAUUUCAGCUGAAUCUGGUAACAUAUUGAUAUGGUUGAGACUAACUCAGCAAGUUAUUUUCAAAGAAGAACAGCCUGGUAUAAAACAAUUAACUCUCAUGGACCAUGGCACUAAAAUUCUGUCUAUUUCGAAACCUAGUAAUCCUCCAGGGACUGAUUUUAUAAGGACAAUGGCUACUGUCUGCAUUCGAGAAAUUCCAAAUGGCGAGAUGAUCUAUAGUUUUGAAUAUGCUGUUAGAAGCAUAACUGGAGUUCCGUUUAGACCAGCAGUUGUCACUUCAGAUGAUCAACAUUUAGUAAUGGCAGGAGCUGACAAGACAAAUAGAGAUUGUAUUUUUGUAUACAACGCAUUAUCAGGCACAUUUAUACAUAGGAUUGGUCUUAAAAUGUGCGCAAUUAAAGAUGUAGCUGGUUUAGUAGCUAUGCCCCAUAAAGGUCAUUUGAUAGCGGUUCUAGCAACUGACAAAGGAGCAAUAAUAGAUAUAAAAUCAAAGAAAUACUUACGAACAGUUCCAAAAUGGGGAGGAAGUAUUACAAAGGAUGGCAAAUAUGGCUUAUAUGCCCCAUCAAGAGGAGGUUUAGAAUUAAUAGAAUUAAAAAAAGGACAAACUGUGCGUACUUUUAUACCAAAAGUGGCGGAAGGUGUAUUUUCAAUAAUUUGUUUAUUUAAUAGCACGGAUGAAUAUGUGCUUUACUACCAUAGUGGUAAAAAGACUCUGCGAGUUUUCCGUACUGCUGAUGCUGAGAUGGUGGCAAAUUAUAGAGUACAAGCUGAACUUACAGCUGUAGAAAGUACUCCUGAUGGUAAGGCACUUGUUUUAGGUACUGUAGAUGGAUGUGUAUCAGUACUUGCUAUUGUUGAUACGAAUAAAGGUGAUAUGAACCAGUACCUAUCAGAAAUGCCGUCCAGAGAUGAAGAGUGGAAGAAAAAAGUGGACAAAAUGAAAGCCCAAACAAGAUUCAAAGCGGUAGGAACAAUAGCGAGAUUAUCUACUACUUUUACUAAUGAUCCAAACGGUAAUCAAAAUACAGAACAUAUAAAAUAAGAUUGAAAAUUAGGUAUAGAUAAAACAUAUUUUGAAAUUAUAUGUUUUUAUAAUAUAUAUG